UCUUCAGCCUUAGCCUGCGCGCCGCCAUCGCCGUCAUGCUGGGCGCCGCUCUCCGCCGCUGCGCGGUAGCAGCAGCCGCAGCCGCCCGGGCCAGCCCUCGAGGCCUCCAGCAGUCCGCCCCGGCCCCCGGCUUCGCCGCCGCUAUCCAGUCAGUUCGCUGCUACUCCCAUGGGUCACAUGAGACAGAUGAGGAGUUUGAUGCUCGCUGGGUGACAUACUUCAACAAGCCAGAUAUUGAUGCCUGGGAAUUGCGUAAAGGGAUGAACACACUUGUUGGCUAUGAUCUGGUUCCAGAACCCAAAAUCAUUGACGCUGCUUUGCGGGCAUGCAGACGGUUAAAUGAUUUUGCUAGUGCAGUUCGCAUCCUAGAGGUUGUUAAGGACAAAGCAGGACCUCAUAAGGAAAUAUACCCCUAUGUCAUCCAGGAACUUAGACCAACUUUAAAUGAACUGGGAAUCUCCACUCCAGAGGAACUGGGCCUUGACAAAGUGUAAACCCCAUGGAUGGGCUUCCCAAGGAUUUAUUGAUAAUGCUACUUGAUUGUAAACAGUCACCUGGAAAUACUGAUGAUAACAUAUUACCUUAUUUGAACAAGUUUUCCUUUAUUGAGUACCAAACCAGGUAAUGGUAACUUGUACUUUAAUAAAAGGGAAAUGAGUUUGAACUGAAA